AUGGAACUCCCGACCCAUCACCCGCAGGUUCCCGUUAAGGCGGCAUUAGCCUUGCUGCAAAGGCUCUUCUCCGCCUACCUGGCCUCCUUCGGCGCUGAGGGAGCGAUGAGAGGUCUCCUCCUACAGCCGCGGACAGGGCAGCGCGAGGCUCCGCCCACGCAGGGCAUAUCUCUCGUGUGUGUUGUGCCGUGUCCACGGCUCUUCCAUCACAAUGGUGGCACGCUGUCGUCGGCUCUCUUCCCACCCCCUCACACAGCGCUCAAAUGUUUACCAGAAGACGAUGCGUGCUCUUCGCAACUAACACAAGAAGUCGGACAACAAGAAAUCGAUAUCCGACGGCCGAGUUCAGCCGACGCUGCCGAGUGCCUGUCGGGCAGCGAAUGGGACAGUAACUGCCACAGAUGCCGCUGCGUGGCGGGCGAGGCACAGUGCGUGCGGCAGGCCGGGUGCGAUUCUAUCGCCGACGCUGCCGAGUGCCUGUCGGGCAGCGAAUGGGACAGUAACUGCCACGGAUGCCGCUGCGUGGCGGGCGAGGCGCAGUGCGUGCGGCAGGCCGGGUGCGAUUCUAUCGCCGACGCUGCCGAGUGCCUGUCGGGCAGCGAAUGGGACAGUAACUGCCACGGAUGCCGCUGCGUGGCGGGCGAGGCGCAGUGCGUGCGGCAGGCCGGGUGCGAUUCUAUCGCCGACGCUGCCGAGUGCCUGUCGGGCAGCGAAUGGGACAGUAACUGCCACAGAUGCCGCUGCGUGACGGGCGAGGCGCAGUGCGUGAGGCAGGCCGGGUGCGAUUCUAUCGAGGAGCCGAUCCGCUGCAAACCGAACACCACGUUCGAGCGCGACUGCAACACGUGCCGCUGCUUGGAGAACGGACUCGGAAUAUGCACCAUCAUGGAAUGUGCGAGUGUAACUACAGAAGCAGCACCAUCGAAGCCGAUUAUACCGAAGGGCGUGGACUGCGCCCCGGGGACGAUCUGGCAGAGCCAAUGUAACGAGUGUGUCUGCUCGCCAGAGGGCCGGCGGUACUGCACGGACAAGGCUUGCCCCGGACAGGAAACAGCAUCGUCGAAGACAAUCAUACCUAAAGGCGUGGACUGCGCCCCGGGGACGACCUGGCAGAGCCAAUGUAACGAGUGUGUCUGCUCUCCAGAGGGCCGGCGGUACUGCACGGACAAGGCUUGCCCCGGACAAGAGACAGAGGGCCGGCGGUACUGCACGGACAAGGCCUGCCCCGGACAAGAGACAGAGGGUCGGCGGUACUGCACGGACAAGGCUUGCCCCGGACAAGAGACAGCAUCGUCGAAGACAAUCAUACCUAAAGGCGUGGACUGCGCCCCGGGGACGACCUGGCAGAGCCAAUGUAACGAGUGUGUCUGCUCGCCAGAGGGCCGGCGGUACUGCACGGACAAGGCUUGCCCCGGACAAGAGACAGGUAAGAUAAGAUAAGAUAAUAACACAGCAUCGUCGAAGACAAUCAUACCUAAAGGCGUGGACUGCGCCCCGGGGACGACCUGGCAGAGCCAAUGUAACGAGUGUGUCUGCUCUCCAGAGGGCCGGCGGUACUGCACGGACAAGGCUUGCCCCGGACAAGAGACAGAAGCGCUCCUGCGCUGCGCGCCGCAGAGCCAGUGGAAGAACGACUGCAACAUGUGCUGGUGCAAUUCUGGCCGCGCCAUGUGCACCAAGAUGGGCUGCGUGGGCAUUCCUAGUGAGAUGCAUUUUGACGACAGAAAAGGAGAUCCAGAGACGGUAGACAUCCCAGAACCGAACGAAUUGCCUGAAAUACCAGAUCUUAACAGUAAUGAUAUACUUGAAUCUGAUGCAAAAGAUUCUAAACAUAUAAGCGAAAAUUUAGAGGAUCUAGAUACAAAUACUGAUCUAAAUACAGAUCUUACUGGAGUAAAACUUAAAGAUUUAGAAGAUUUCGAUAAUAAUGACGUAGACAUACCUAUACCAAUACCAGAUCAAGUUAUGACUGAUUUUGCUGCGAAUAACAGUACAAACGUUCUCGAUGAAGAUUUAGAAUUACUAGAAGCUUUAAUAGGCAAUGGAACUAAAGAAACAACUGAAGAUCAGUCUGAUAGAUCAAAAGUUAAAGACGAUGAAAUAACAGAAAAAGCGGCAUCUGAUAUUUUAAGAGCAAAAGACGUGGAAAUAUUGGACGAUUCUUAUAUUAAUCAACGUCAAACAGAUCACAGAGUUAAGAGAUCAGCUUGUAAACCAAAUGAAGAGUUCUUGGAUGAUUGUAACACUUGCAAAUGCUCGGAGAGCGGGCAGAGUUACAGGUGCACUCAGAAUGAAUGUAUGGACAAAGACGGUAAAGAGGGGGGUAAGGAUGUGGAUAAAGAAGUUGAAGUUUUUAUGGAGAAUGAGGGUGUGGAUCACAUAGAACGUCACUCGGUGUGCAAGCCGAGCGCUACGUUCUACGUCGGUUGCAACCCCUGCCAUUGCAACUCGGAUGGCACCGACUUCAGCUGCACCAAUAAGCCGUGCCCUCUGCCUGAAGAUGUCGAGGUGUUCCAUGAACUACAUGUAUGUUUAUUAUUGAGACUUGCCUCUAAAUCCUCCAAAAACGUGACAAAGAAGGUUUGCGUGGAGAACCGAAUGUUCAUAAAGGACUGCAACACCUGCUGGUGCAACGAGGACGGCACCAGCUACUUCUGUACGCGGAAAGUUUGCGUAACCAACACGGAUGAGCCCGUCGUGCAAGAGGGAACUGAGAAACUCCGGCUCAUAAAGAAAGAGUGCCGCCCAGGCGAAGUGUUCGAGAUCGAGUGUAACAUGUGCCACUGCAACCCCGACGGGAAGUCGUACUCUUGCACAAGGCGGGCCUGCUUCGACGAGAAGAACCAGACACUUAUCAGAAAGACCAGAGCCACGCCGCAGGAGGCGCCAAAGAACUGCCAGCCGGGCCAGGAGUUCCGCAUGGACUGCAACAAGUGCCUCUGCGACAACGAGGGGCAGAACUUCUCCUGCACCCGCAUCGACUGCACGGCGCUCAACAACAACAACAACAACGGGAACAGGAGAAGGAGAGACGCAUCGCAGAAAGUGUCAGCGGACUGCGUGCCGGGCAGCGUGUUCGAGCAGAGCUGCAACGUGUGCCGCUGCACCGCGGACGGCGGGCACGCCACCUGCACGCUCAAGCGCUGCCAGAGGAACCAGGACUCCACGCUCACUGGUGAGUGUAUGGUCGAGCAGAGCUGCAACGUGUGCCGCUGCACCGCGGACGGCGGGCACGCCACCUGCACGCUCAAGCGCUGCCAGAGGAACCAGGACUCCACGCUCACUGCGACCGAGUCCAGCUUCCGCUGCAACCCCGGCGAGCAGUUCAAGCAGUCCUGCAACGACUGCAGCUGCUCCGCCGACGGGAAGAGCGUGUUCUGCACGCUGCUCGUCUGCGAUGAUGACCUAACGCCCUAA